UCUAGUGUUGCUGUUGCAGAUGAAUCAUUAACUGCUUUCAAUGAAUUAAAAUUAGGUAAGAAAUAUAAAUAUAUCAUUUUUGCUUUAAAUGAUACCAAAACUCAAAUUGUGGUUGAUAGUACUUCAUCCAGUACUGAUUAUGAUGAAUUUUUAGAAAAAUUACCUGAAAAUGAAUGUAAAUAUGCUGUUUAUGAUUUUGAAUAUGAAAUUGGUGGUGGUGAAGGUAAAAGAUCCAAGAUUGUAUUUUUCACAUGGUCUCCAGAUACUGCUCCAAUUAGAUCAAAAAUGGUAUAUGCAUCAUCUAAAGAUGCUUUAAGAAGAGCUUUAAAUGGUAUUGCUUCAGAUGUUCAAGGUACUGAUUUCUCCGAAGUUGCUUAUGAAUCUGUCUUAGAUAGAGUUAGUAAGGGAUUCCGUUAA